AACUUUUUGCCUGUCGCCUGAUUUUUGGGACAGCUUCACACACCCGCGCACGCACGCACAGAGUAACCAACACAUACACAAACCACAACGCUCGAGCAGCAUCUGGGAAACUACCUGCAACUUUCUUCUUGACCAAAUACGACCGCAGUAUCCUGUGUGUGCGCGCGCGCGUUCUUGUUUUUUUAUCAUUAUUAUUUUCUACCUAUAUAUAUUUUUCUUUUUUUGGUAUUUUGAAACAAACUUCCAACAGCACUGAUAUGGAGGAACAGCAGCAGCAGAAGAAGCAGCAGCAACACAGCUACCAUUCUGUUUGCCACACCUGCUGGAGAACGGAGAGUGCCAGGAACAAGGUCAGAAAGAUGUCCGCGUGCAGUCGGUGGCUGGUGUGCGCGCUGGCUCUGUCGCUGUGCGUCUUGGAUAUGGCUUCAGCCGAGACGUUAUGUGGCGGAGAGCUGGUGGACGCGCUGCAGUUCGUGUGCGAGGACAGGGGCUUCUACUUCAGUAGACCAAUAAGCAGAGCGAACAGUCGGCGUACUCAGAACCGCGGCAUCGUGGAAGAGUGUUGUUUUCGGAGUUGUGACCUUCAGCUGUUGGAGCAGUACUGCGCCAAGCCCGCCAAGUCAGAGAGGGACGUGUCGGCCACUUCCCUUCAGGUCAUAUCCAUGAUGCCAGCAUUAAAACCGGAUGUCCCAAGAAAGCACGUGACCGUGAGAUAUUCCAAAUACGACCAGUGGCAACGGAGGGCCGCCCAGAGGCUACGGAGGGGCAUCCCAGCCAUCUUGCGAUCCAGGAAGUUCAGGCGGCAGGCGGAGAAGAUCAAGGCCCAGGAGCAGGCCAACUUCCACAAGCCUCUCAUCUCGCUUCCCAGCAAGCUCCCUCCAGUAUGGCAUCCCACAGAAGACUACGUCAGCCCCAAGUGAAUCCAGGAUAGUUUGCACAGAGUUGGAAAAGAGAAAAAAAGACUAGGGGAUCAUAGCUUUGUAUCUGACGUCAUUUCUGUGGCAGUCCUCUAUAUCCCUGCAUCCCUCCCAUCCCCCACACACAUGUUCGCACUCUUCCAGUCUUUUACUCUUGCUGUUUCAUUCACCACCACAAAAAGGCACAUCACAAACGAGACUGAAAAAAAAAGAAAAGAAGAUGACGCUUUGGCUGACUGUAAUCGUUUAGGUGGAUCCUAAAAAUAAGGAAGAGGAGCAAAGGAAGAAAAGAUGAAGAGAGAGAUACGUGGCUUGCGAAAAAGGUCAAGAGGACACCCCUGCAAAAGUGGUUUUGUCGGUUUCGGAGGACAUCAAAACUGCUAGCACGAACAAAAAAAACAAGCAUUCCACAACUUCCUCCCGAGACAGAAGUAUCUCUCAGCUAGACCUUAUUCUUUUAGUUACUUUGCACCGCUAACUAUAAAGGGACAUCCACACUGUAAGGAAUUGUUUUGUAAAAAUUUAGAUUCCUGUUCCAGCACCUUCUAAUCACAAACAAAAAGCAGAGAAGAGUCUGCAAAUUGCACAUUGCCACGGAUUACGUCAAAGUUCUUGUUAAGUAAAUAAAAAAGGCACUAUUUUUUUAUGGACAAUGAACGUGUAGCUCAAAAAAUGUCAUGGUGCUAGCUUUGUGAACGGACUCAAAGAAUAGGAGGUUGGAAAGCACGUUUUUUUUUCUUUGAAUAAUUAUUAAACUUUCCGUUUUAAGGAAAGUGUGACUUUUACAAGGAGAAAAAAAGAGCAUAUCGGCCGUGGCAGUGCGUGUAGAGGACGCCGCCGCAUGCAGCUGUGUCUGAGUGAUGCAUGGGGUUAAAUCAUGCAGCAGUCACGCUGUGUGCCCCUGGUUCCACUGCUGUCACUGCGGUCAGUGGAUGGGAGCAGUGUGGGGACAGUAAAGGGAUGACGUAAAGGCCUGGACUUGGAGAGCUAGUCUCUGUUCUACCUUGGCUGCAAAAGCCCUUGCCUUGCACUGCAGGAAGUGGGAGUUAAGGACUUGGAAUAAGUGGGAUGAUUUUUUUAAUUUUUAUUUUCUGUGUGUCAUUUCAUGAAGAUGUUUCAAGGAAAAAGGAAAAAAAAGACCUGUUCAUUUUCUGGUACCGUGACAUUCCUGUCGUUGCAAAAUAGGCAUUUUUUUGUCUUUUCUUUUCUUGUCUGUUUUUUUUUUGUGAUAUUUUACAGUUCUGAAGGCACAAAUAUCAAUUCAAAGGGAAAAAAUCGCAAUAAUGUCAACUAACCUUUAUUUUUAAUGUUUAUCAGUAGUAUUCACAUGCUUUUGCCUGAAAACAAAUACUUGAAUAUAUAUAUAAAUAUAUUAUAUAAAAUAUGAAUAUGAAAUAUAAAUAUAUAUAUAUCUAUAUCUAUAUAUAAUUAGUUUCCAGGGACAUCAUGUUAUAUUCUUUUAGUCUGAGCUGUAUCUUGCGUAAUGAGCCGCCAAGCUUUUGUUUGUUUGUUUAAGUACAAAUAUGGGCACUGUAUAAAGGCAUUAUUUAUUUUGUUAUAAAAAUAUAUAUAUGAAAAAAAUUGGUCCAAAUACAGUAAUAUACGUAGCACUGAUGCUCAACUGAUGGAUUUUAUUUUAUAUGCUCUCCUUUUCCCAUUUUACUUGUAAUGCUUGUUUUGUAGAUGCUUUGUACCAAAAAUAUUUCUUUCUUUUUUUUUCCUUUCUGUUUUGCCACGGAGCUAUUUAAAAAAAAAAAUCAAUAUUUUAACAGCAGAAGUACCCUGGAUUGCUUAGGCAUGUCAUGUCACAAAAAAUAGGCACAUAAUCUGAAGACUCUCCGUCUUUCUCCUCUCAUGGCUUCUCUUGCAUGGCUUUUUGAUCUGCCAAAUGGAUUUCUGUUAUUAAAAUACUCAAGCUUGACUUUUAUCACACCAAGUUCAAUAUGCAGUGAUUGUACUCAGUUGUACUCAACAGACAAUAAUUUAAACCAGUUCAUGUGGACUGGAAAUGGAAUCGGAGCUGGCGAUCUGCCUUUUGUUUUGUUUUUUUUGUUUUUUUUUAAAGUGGGGAGGGGGGUGUUUUUUGCAGUAUGUAUAUAUGAGUAAAUCAGCGUAGGAGUUGUAUAGGAGUUAAGCGUUUGUCACAUGUAUUGGAUUUGAGUGGUGUUAAAGUAAAAGUAACCCGAGUCGUAAGCCAGUAGCUGUAAUGAGGCGUAAUGGGGGAAACGGUCUCUUUGCACCACGGGACAGCUUUGUAGUGGAGUCACAGAUCAGUGUAAAGGGCAGCGUCUAGUAACACGGUUAUCCUCCAUGGCUCAGCAGCGAUUGACAGGGGAAGUGUUCAGCCUGUAAGUGAGCACUGAAGGGCAGUGAGGUGAUGCUUCCUCAUCGCUGCUGAGGUCACUCAGAGGGGGUGCUUUAUUAUAAUAAUGGAUACGUCAUUGUCUGCCUCCCUCUGACUCUCUGUCUUUCUUCAUCGCCCUACAUCCUGCCUUGGCUGGAAACAGGUUCCUCCUUCACUCAUCAAGGAAUACCAAUCUUACUUCAUUGCUAAAGGGCUACCUAACUGAACCAUCUUCGACGCAGUGUUAUACUCAGGAAGAAACGGUUUAUGAGGAUCUCAUCCUCACUCGAGACAGAGAGCAGAGGAACAGAGAGCCAUUAGGAGCAAUCCUGUGUUUUAUUCCCCCACUCACUCCUCAACUCCUCGGAUAUUUCCCACGCUUAGACAUGGAGAAAAAUGGAGAAUGAGCCAGUACUACUUUAACAGACCAUAUUACAUCACUUAAGAUCAUGAAGCCACUACAGAAUGACUACAGUCUACAGUAUACCACUCUGCAUUUACAGUCUUCAUCAGUAAUCUGUCUGGUUAUCCAUAUCAGUUGUGUGAUAAAGCAGUGCAAUUAUUAUUAUUAUUAUUAUUAUUAUUAUUAUUAUUAUUAUUAUUAUUAUUAUUAUUAUUAUUAUUACAUCUUCUGGAGACAUAACAAUCUUUUUCUACUUCCUGCUAGGACUGCAUCCACUCUUUUUUUAUUUUGAACAGGCUACUUUCUGUGUGAAUGGUGUAAAGAAAAAAAAAACGUUCUUUGCGCUGAAAUAUGAAGGGAUCCUUUGCCUGUCAAUGCAACAUAUUAGUGUCAGUAGCCCACUCAGCCUGUGUGUAUUUUUAUUGAUUUAACCUCUGCACGCUAGAAUGUCCGAAAUGCACAAUUCAUGUACUUUCAUUUUUAAUAUCAAUAAAGAAAACAUUUUAUCGAAUA